GUGUGCGUAGCAGCCUAUUCCACUCGGGAGUACACAACGAGUGCAUUAAUUUCACUUGCAGCAGAUCUGGUGGGCAGUGUGUCUCGCACGUCGGCUUUGUGUGCACUUUACGGCGAGGCAAGCCCCGUUUUUAUUUGGUGAUAAAUAUGCGGAACACGUGUGCUUGGUGCAGUUUCUGCCGAUGCAGUCGUGGCUUCCCCCAGCGAAGGAGUAUGUUUGUUUAAUUUCGCUUUCAAAGUCUCCGGUACUUUUUUGUGCGUGUGCGUGUGUGGAGCGCGGCUGUGCGGCUGAACGCACUCCCCUCGCACAUGUUUCAGCAGAAUGGUCAUUUUAAGGUUUCCUUCACUUGGUGCUCAUGAGAGAGCCAUGAUGGUGGUCUUUUAGGAAUUUCCUGUAGCAUGGCCGCUUUUAGAUCCCAGCGCGUCACAAGGUCGUCAGUUGGGUCGAACGGUUUGGACGAGAACUUCUGCGGGCGAACGCUGAGGAACCGGAGCAUAGUCCACCCUGACGACUCCUCCCCCCUCCCCCAGUUGAGGUCGCGAUCGCCGAAAAAGAAGCAGGAAGCCACGCCGCAGCCGAGGGGCGCCAACAGCGGCAAGGUCGGCGAGUGCAGGCAGCACGGCGCCCGGGAGCCGUGGGCCAGCCCGAGGAAGAGGGGGCUGCUGUGCUCGGACAAGGACAACCACGAGAAGAAGCUGCUGGACAUUUGCCAGCCGGUGUUGCCCGGCUUCAAGCGGGUGAAGCGAUGCUCGCGCUCGGAGCCCGCGGACAGCCUGGAGGACCCGUCGCCCCCCGCUAGGAACGAGAAGGCUCCCCUCGAGCGCAAGGGGCCGGCCCCCAACAGCGAUGGUGACUCCUCGCAGCUCAAGCGCGCCCGGCGCUUUCUUCUACUGGAUGAUUGUGACAAAAGGGAGAUCAAAAAGAUGAAGGACUUGGAUGGCGGGCGCGAGGACCCGUUGCUGCUGAGGGAGGCAUCUUCACACAAAGCUGCCAAUGGGAUCAAUGAGAAAGAUAUUGCUGCUGCUGCUGCUGCUGCUGCCUCUUCGGAGCGUAGUGAGUGUGAACCUCUUCAUUUGAACCAUAAACCAAAACGUGUGGAUACGCGUGCACCCAUUUUACCCACAGACACUGUCAGCGUUAACUCUGGCGGCCAUUCCCUGCUGCUGAACGGCAGCAAGAUGGCCGCCACUUCAGAGACCAAUGUGCCUUCUAGAGACUCGCAGUGGGAAGACUGCGAGACAGUCAGUGACUGCCACACGGGCAGCCAGUCGCAGCGGCCCGCCACUGAGAACCCGUCGCAAAUCAGGGAAUCGGAGGAGGAGGUCGACGUGGUGGGGUACAGUUCGUCCCUGUCGAAGGAGCAGUGUUGCGGCGCGGACGCGACGACCCAGGACGUGGGUCCCCUCGCGGGGGCGGCCGAGGCGUCCGCCGCGCCCGACUCCCCGUUCGAGUCGCAGGAGCACAGGUACGCGCUGAGAACUUCGCCCCGGAGGGCUGCCGCAGGCAAGGGCAGCCCUCAAAAGACGUGCUCGUCCCCCCGGGACUGCGGGCUGGGGGAGGAUAAAUUCCCCAACCCCAGCGGCGACUAUGGGCCGCCCGCCGGAGCGGCGGUGGCCGCGGACAGGGAACGCUGUGCGACAGUGGAGGAGGGAGACUCUCGAGCUGGAAGGGAGCCGGACGAGGCGGGGGGCGGCUGCUGCGGUGGUGACCUGCCCGACUCGCCCGCACAGCGCGGGCUGCACAGAGGGCUCUUGCCUGCGAGCAGGGAGAAUGGCAGCCAGCUGUCUAGAGAGGAGGAAGAGGACGAGGAGCCUGAUGUGUACUACUUUGAAUCAGACCAUGUGGCACUGAAGCACAACAAAGAUUACCAGAGGCUGCUGCAGACCAUCGCUGUGUUAGAAGCCCAGCGGGCUCAGGCCAUUCAAGACCUGGAAUGUUUGAGCAGAUUCCAGAAGGAGGGACUGAAGGAACCCAUAACGUUUGUUGAAAACCUCCAAAAGAAGGUUGAUAUGGGUCUACCGUGUCUGCAGCGAGUGGUUCAGCUGCCCCAGAUUCCAUGGGACCAUUACACAUCGGGAAUUGGACAUUUUGAUAAAGAAUACAGAAAUAAGAAACACAAUACACGAAGGUUAAAACUCAUCUUUGACAAAGGAUUGCCACUGAGACCAAAGAGUCCCCUGGAUCCCAAGAAGGACCCAGAGUCGUCUUCAUCAUCGUCGUCUUUUUACUCUUCAGUGUUGCCUUUGAGUGAUGCCCCCGAAAUAAUGAUAUCAAACAGUCGUUCACAGGUAAUACGAGGAAGGAUUUGCGAUGACUCCAAGUCGGAAACAUUUAACCAGCUAUGGAGUGUGGAAGAACAGAAACAAUUGGAGGACCUGCUGCUUAAAUACCCCCCGGAAGAAGUGGAAACGCGGCGCUGGCAGAAGAUAGCAGACAAGUUGGGCAACCGAACUGCCAAGCAGGUUGCCAGCAGGGUGCAGAAAUACUUUAUUAAGUUGGCUAAAGCUGGGAUCCCGAUUCCAGGAAGAACACCAAAUGUGUACCUGCAUUCAAAAAAGACUUCAAGCAGACAGCAGCACCCUCUGAACAAGCACCUCUUCCGGCCGUCCACCUUCAUGACGUCGCACGAACCCCCGGUCUACAUGGACGAUGAGGAUGACAGGGGCAGCUUCUACAGCAGUCAGCUUGAUGCUGCCGCUGACGAAGAUAUCUCGGACGAUGAAAGCAUUCCACCCUCCUGCCGCCACUUGGCGGAAUACAAAGAGUUGCUGUGCCUGAAGAAGCUGAAGAAGCAGAAACUGGAUCUGAUGCAGGCGGAGAGUGGUUUUAUACCGCACAUCGGGUACAAGUGUGAUAACUGUGGCACGGAGCCGAUUCUUGGACUACGGUGGCAUUGCCAAGACUGCCCACAGGACAGCUCGGUGGAUUUCUGUGACAGUUGCUCUGACUGCCUAUACGAAACAGAGAAUCACAGGAGUGACCAUCAGUUGGACCCGGUCUUCAGAACUGAGACAUUUCUGGACAGAGAUUACUGCAUGUCUCGGGACACUAGCUACAAUUACCUUGACCCUAACUACUUCCCAGCAAACAGAUGACAGCACGGGCACGGUUUGGGCGGAAGGAAACAAACUCCCCUGGGGGGGUGAUUUCAACUCUUCAGUGCAGCACAGAAACAAAAGGCUUCACUUGUCGAUUCCAUGCACAGAUCAGAAGGGUCCUGCUGCUGUUCCACACGUGCCCACGACUGACGGCGGCACUCGGCAACCUCAACUAAGGGCCCCCGUGGCCCCAACGCCCCACAUUUAUCAUUCAACGGCAGCUGAACAUUCCGCACUUACAGUAGCUUUCCUCCACAUGCCUUUCACACUCUCUAUCUCAUCAUCUCUUUCCCUGUGUCUCACUCUCCCUUUCUGUCCCUGUGAACCACUCUCUCCGUCUGUCUCUAUCUCUGCCUCUAUCUCUAUCUCUGUCUCUCUCUCUCUCUCUCUCUCUCUCUCUCUCUCUGUGUUUCUCGCUCUCUCUCUCUCUCUGUUUC